UCCCUCCAACUCCCGCCUCCCGAUCCGUUCCCUGGCGAAACUCCACCUGCCUGGUUUUCCCUUGGCGCUGCCCACUCAGCUCCGCGCCCAUGGGGCUUUCCCGGCGUUCCUGUUUGCGACGCUGUCGUGCAGCGGCGCACUUUACGACCGCGAGGACGGAGCGAGCCGGCCCUAGGCCCGCUCCGGCCGGGAAGCAAGGCGGGUCACCGAGGUUGAUGCCCGGUGGCGGGGCGACCGCGGCGUCUGGCCGGCUUCUCAGCGCCGCGGAGCAGAGGGGGAUCCGGGAAGCGGCGGGGUCGGCGUUCAGAAGCGGCCCGGGAGGCCCCGGCAGCGGCAGAGGCAGCGCAGGCGGCCCGGGGUCGGGCGGCGGAGGCCCAGGGGGCCCCGCGGGCAGGAUGAGCCUGACCCCGAAGGAGCUCUCCAGCCUGCUGAGCAUCAUCUCGGAGGAGGCGGGCGGCGGCAGCACCUUCGAGGGCCUUUCCACCGCCUUCCACCACUACUUCAGCAAGGCCGACCACUUCCGCCUGGGCUCGGUGCUCGUCAUGCUGCUGCAGCAGCCGGAUCUGCUGCCCAGCGCGGCGCAGCGCCUCACCGCGCUCUACCUGCUCUGGGAGAUGUACCGCACCGAGCCGCUCGCCGCCAACCCCUUCGCCGCCAGCUUCGCGCACCUGCUCAACCCCGCGCCGCCCGCCCGCGGCGGCCAGGAGCCCGACCGGCCGCCGCUCUCAGGCUUUUUACCUCCUAUAACUCCACCAGAAAAGUUUUUUCUUUCCCAGCUGAUGUUGGCACCACCAAGGGAACUCUUUAAGAAGACACCUCGCCAGAUUGCAUUGAUGGACAUCGGAAACAUGGGCCAGUCGGUGGACAUAAGCGGGCUUCAGCUGGCCCUGGCUGAACGCCAGUCAGAACUGCCGACCCAGAGUAAGGCCAGCUUCCCUAGUAUCCUCAGCGACCCAGAUCCGGAUUCUUCCAAUUCUGGGUUUGACAGCUCCGUUGCCUCUCAGAUCACAGAAGCUUUAGUCAGUGGACCAAAGCCACCGAUUGAAAGCCAUUUUCGGCCAGAGUUUAUUCGUCCGCCACCGCCUCUUCACAUUUGUGAGGAUGAACUGGCUUGGCUAAACCCAACGGAGCCGGAGCAUGCCAUUCAGUGGGAUAAAUCCAUGUGUGUUAAGAAUAGCACUGGUGUAGAGAUCAAGCGAAUAAUGGCCAAAGCUUUCAAAAGCCCCUUAUCUUCUCCCCAACAAACACAGCUCCUUGGUGAGUUGGAAAAAGACCCCAAACUUGUUUAUCACAUUGGCCUCACUCCAGCCAAACUUCCUGACCUAGUGGAAAACAAUCCUCUCGUCGCCAUAGAAAUGUUACUGAAGUUAAUGCAGUCGAGCCAGAUAACUGAGUAUUUUUCAGUUCUGGUCAAUAUGGACAUGUCCUUACAUUCUAUGGAAGUUGUAAAUCGACUAACUACAGCUGUUGAUCUACCUCCUGAAUUUAUUCAUCUUUAUAUAUCAAAUUGCAUCUCUACUUGUGAACAAAUUAAGGAUAAAUAUAUGCAGAAUCGUUUGGUACGUCUCGUGUGUGUCUUUCUCCAAUCCUUAAUCCGUAACAAAAUUAUUAAUGUGCAGGACUUGUUUAUAGAAGUACAGGCAUUCUGUAUUGAAUUCAGUAGGAUACGAGAAGCUGCUGGCCUCUUCCGGUUGUUGAAGACAUUGGAUACUGGGGAAACACCUUCUGAGACCAAAAUGUCAAAAUAAUAGCUUGUAAGAACCACCCCAUUUAUUGUUCAGCUGUACUGUGAUUUAACUUUGAAAACUGUUAAAAACCUUGAGUGGUUUGCUUGGUCUAAACAAUACUUUAUCUACUUAACCUAAGUUAUGCUUUUCUGGAUGACUUUUUCCUUAAGAUGAAUUUUUGGUAAGAACUUGGAAAAAUGUCUCUUUAGGUUUCUUGCUGAUAAUUAGCCACAGGAGGAAUGGUUAUCCCAAAAAAGCAGCUAUUGCAAAAAAGUACUAAAGAGCAAAGUGCCUGUUUUUGUUAAAAAGUUGUUACAGGCUCCUGAUAAAUCAUGAACCCAGUUUUCCUAAGGUUCCACUGUUCUAAUAUUUAGUGAGAGUAAACAAGACAUUCUUUUAUCAUAUUGUCUUUAAGGUGUAAUCAGUUGAGUGUUUUUGAAUCAUCAAGAGGCAAACAAGUUUGAUUCAGAACCGAUUUGCACAUGUAUUUCUUAACUUCUCAUUAAGUACAAUUUGAACCAGGUUCAAAGUUACACUUCUAACUUUAUUCUGUCUUGUGAGGACUUGCUAGACAACAAUAUAAAUAUUCCUUGGACUGUUAACAAACACAACUCUAGGCUAAAAUAGCUGUAUUUUCCUGUUUUUUUUUUUCUCAAGAUGUUCCCUGGCUCUUUCUGUUUAAUUAGUCUAAAAUAGUGAUAUUUUUAUUUUAAAGAAAAAAAGGAAACAUCAAUUAGAGUUUUGGGAGCUAGUCUCACUCUGGAGGAAAUGCUAUUUAAAAUUGUUGACAGGGAUCUGUCUGAGGAAGGGCAAGUGACAUGUUUGAGAAGUAUUAAAGCAAGGUAGCAAGUGUGUGGGCUUUUAGCCUUCAUUUAACUGUAGGACUACAGUGCCUUAAAGUUCUUUUUUUAGCAACCUAUUAUCUGAUGUAGUUUUCCUCAUUUACUCAGGUGUAUUCUUUAUAGGGAAUUAAUCUGUUCAAUAGGAUUUACCCUCUAACCCAGCCUUCAAGAAAAGUUAAAGGAGACCACACCUAGUGGUUUCAAGAUGAGUACAAAUUCCAAUCUUAUGGUACUGGACAGAAAGCUGUAUGUCUAAGUUUAUAACAAAUUGUGUAUCUUAGCUACUGUAAUGAGCAUGGGAGAUUUUUAAGGAUGUUUGUACAGGGAUCUAAACCCAUUUAAAAGAGAAGUGUCAACAUCUAGAAUGAGGGUAAUUCAUUUCUCUCAGUAUCUAAAAAUGGGUAUUGCAGGUUUUGUGUAUUCGAUUGGGAAAAGAAAUAGUUCAUUAUUGCUGAGUCUCCACCCAACCUUAAGUUCCAGAACCUACUAAUUCUCUGGCAUUUAGCUAAAUAUAUUUGUGCUUUUCAUAGUGGAUUGGCUCUUCCUACUCUUCAAAAUAAAUUUUGGGUGGUAUACUGCCACAUUUUAAGAAACUCAAUGGACAACUGUAUAACUGAAACAGAAGCUUAUGACACCUGUACAAAUUACUCACCUGAUAUGGGUAAAGAGAAAAGGGAACAACUGAUUGGUCUCUUUUUUAUUAUGAGUAAAACAGGCCCAAAGAUAUUAACUUUCUGGGGAUCACACACCAGGUUUGUGGUCUAUGAAUUGCUGAAUGAUCUAAUACAUGUUGACUGACCCCUCACACAUGUAAUAAAUUUGUGUAAAACAGGAUUUUAACUCUUAGUCUGUGGUUUGAAAGCAGGACUGUUUGUUAUAAGUUUGGUCUUCAUACUAAAUAUUUGCUUUGGUGUGACACCAAGUUUCAGCAUUUUUAGGACAGAAAACUGUACAAUUUGUGUAAUGCUUUUUAAAUAGCAAAGCCUAUUCAGUGUGACUAGUCUAAACUGAUUUCUAAGUGAAUAGUUCAUUUUUUCUAGCCACGAAAUUGAAUAACCUGGUAGUUCUACUACUAGAAAUAAGACAAAUACUUGUUGGAUGGGACUGUCACCAUGAAAAAAUGCUUCUGAGGGGUAAGGGAGCUUUUAGGCGACAGUGAUUAUCAUUUACGAUUCCUCAAACUGGAGAAGGCAAGCUAGGGAGGAUAAGAGCACUUAAAUCAGCAUCUCUGGGAACGUAGCUGGAAAAGAACACACCCUAGAAGCAAGUAACCUGCUGAGGAGGCACCUCGUUUGUCUCCAUCACUGCAGUGUUGCUCGUAGGGAACUUCCAUGCCCACAGACAUACAAAUGUAAUGCCAACCUCAGGGUGUUAAGCUUUCUUUAUUUACAUUAGAACACUGCAGAAGCAGUGGUUCUCAAACUUGGGUGUAUGUUGGAAUCCCCCAGAGGUUUGUAAAAACUGCUGACUCCCACCUGUUUCUGAUUCAGUAGGUUUGAGGUGGGGCCUAAGAAUAGGGAUUUCUAACAAGGUCCCAGGGGAUGGCGAUAAGGCUGACCCAGGUAAACCCUGAGAACCAGUGAACCAGGUGAAUAGGAUGAAGUCUGCCAUAAGUUCAGUGGUGCGAGUUUUCUGUCAGAUUAUAAAAACUGUGUGAUGACAUUCAUAACCAGGCAAUGAGACAGUGUUGCUGAGGGAAGAGGGUACUGUCUGGAAUUAGUAGACGGGCCUUCUGUCCUGUGGCCCCAUUAUUAGGCAAGCAUAACUUCUUUGUUACUUCCCCACCAGAAGGCCGACGAUACUCCACGUACCUGGCCCAGAGCAGAUGCUAAUUCUUGUUCCUCUGACCUCUCAGCACAGGCUCUGGGACUGAGUUCUAAAUUGAUAAACUUGCUUUCAGAUUAGCAGUGUGCCAGGUAGUCUGAAGAUUUUGUAUGACAUGAGUUAAAGUAUGAAAUUUUGUACAAUUUUUAGUGAACCUCAACCAAAUAUGUUUAAUUAUGGACAAAGACAGUUCCAUUUUACAUCAUAUAAAGUGAAAAACUUUUCCAUCAAACUUAUCUGUUAGCACAAUUCUAAAGGAGACUAGAGGUUCUCAAACUUAAGUGUGUACUGGAAUUGUGUGGGGGGCAGGGUUGCAUUAAAAUGCAUAUUCUCAGGCCUCACUCAUUCCAUCCUCACCAGAACAACCACCCACCACCCCGAGCAAUGUAUUUUCACCCCCAAUUACAAAUAAACAGGCUCAGUGAGCUUGAUCACAGGGUCACAUUAAGUAAGCAGGGACCAACUGCUGUGCCAAGGAAAGAGCAGAAUUAAAUGAGGUGGGGAGCUGUCAGGUAAACAUUUAAUUGUAAAAAAGAUUUAAUUGUAAAAAAGUAAAACCACAAAAGAUCUAGAAAACAAAGGGAAAUUCCUUUAUAACUCUGGAAUAGAAAAGACCUAACAUUCAGUUUUAAAGUAAAAUCCAGAAGACACAAAACUUGUAGGGAAAAAACAAACAAAAUCAGUAACAGCAAAAAAGAUCCCUGUCCUAAAUAAAGACAAAUGAAACCCCAGAAAAACAAAACAAAACAAAAAAACUUAAAAGACCAACAAUUCCAAAGGAACAGGAAAAGAAUAAAUGGUCCUAAAACAUGAAAGAUGCUCAAUUAAUUCACACUUGUCACACUGGCCAAAACUGAGACAGGCGAGAGCACACACAGGCAUUUUUGUUGGGACCACAGAAUGGCACAGCCCCUGUGGAGGAAAUCUGGCGGGAUCUCCCAAAAGUACAAAUGAAUUUACCCUCUGAUUCUAAUUCCACUUCUGGGAUUCCAAUCAACAGAUGCAACAGUGUAGAUAUAAAAUGAUAUCAGUAAAAGAUUAUUCAUCACGGUAAUGUCUGAAAUCCCAGAAGACCGGAAACCUAAGGGUCAAACAAUAGGGGAUCUGUUGUAUGACGGAAUACUAUGCAACUAUGCAAAGGAGGAGCAAUUUCCAAGGAGAUACAUUCAGGGUAUACUGUUAAGGUGAAAAAAAGCAAAGCAUCCCAGAGUGAAUGUGGUUUGCUCUUUUCGUGUAAGAAAAGGAAGAAGACUGAACCAACUGGUGCCACAGGGACACUCUCCUGGGGGAAACCAACUUGAACAACUGUUACGAAGGACAGUUGGGCAAUACCUGUCCAAUGACUCUUUGAUUUGACAAUCCCAUUUACUCUUCACAUACACCUGAGCACUUAGGAAACAAUACACAAAUUACAUUUGUCACUGAAACAAUAUUUCUCAUGAACAAUUUGAAUGAGUCCAAUGUCCAGUAAUAGGAGAUCAGUAAAGACAUGUGAUAACAGUGUCAUCAAACCCCACGCAGCAUGAGCGAGUAAGGAGAAGCCAACGGGACAGACUGAUGAAGGGGAAAAAGGAGUGAAAUAAAAAAUGCAUAUUCAUACCUGCAUACAGACCUGGAAAAAUUAUAUAAUAAAAGUAGUUGCUUAAGUGUACAUUUGGAGGGGGGGAGGAUCCAGUAGGACAUUUUCCUGUAUACUUUUAUACACUGUUUUGAUUUUUGAACUAAGUAAAAGCACCACCAAAAAAAGUAAAAAAAUUUACACAAUGUUUUUUUAUAUUGAAACUCAAUUACAGAAUAGCUUAUAGUGCAAUAUUUUAAAGAUAAAAGGUAUGUAACACAAACCUACUAUAGAGUAUAACAUCUACUGAGUUUAGGGAAGCCAUAAAACUAGACAAAUGAACUUUAGUUAAAUUCAACUUCUUAGAUAAUUAAAUGACCACAAAGAUAAACUGAUUCCUUCUUUCAUUUUAAAGUCAAUCCUAUACGAUGAACGUGCAAAUCAAAAUGAGACUGCAAAUCAAAUCAUGUUUGUGUAUUUCUAAGCAGAUACAAAUGAUCCCCACUUCAGUGAUCAUUUGGCAACAGAAGUAAAUAUAAUAUACUUCUAAUCAUUUCAAGAUAACAGUAAUGAUGUUUUCUUCGAAAAAAGAACAAUUUUCAAACUUAUUUCAAAUAAAUAGUUACAGAGAAUGGUAGUUUUAUUUUUUAAGAAAAUGUUCUCUAAAUUUAACUGAGUCAAGACUUACAUUUACUACACCAAAAAAAAGGUUCUUAAACAUGUUUAAAACUAGAAGACAGCUUACCUAAUGGGAUUCAAUAACUGUGCAACCAAUCAUCUGUAAAAUGUAAUCAAACCAGUUCAACUGUCAUGUUAAAAAAAAAAAAAACCACCUCGAAUUUCUGGAUUUUCUAGU